GGCUCAUCACAUGAUUCUUCUCUUGUGACAAUCCAGACAGAAAGGAACGAGCCUCUCUGACUUCCAGCGGAGUGAAACCCCGCCGCGAUGACACACAACUGUUGUUUUGGCACCAAAGGACCAAGUGCGAGGAGGACAUGGAGUUAAGUUAACCACAACCCGCCGGACUCGCACCAUUCCCGUGUCUACACUGCGCGUUUGGGUGAAUAUUGUUGUUUUUGUGUGUGUGUGUGUGUGUGUGUGUGUGUGUGUGUGAGGGGGUAGUUGCGCCGCCGGGGACAAAGUUGGCGCAUGGAGAGGAACCAAGUUUCAUUUUUACGCAGCGUCUUCUCUCUGUUGGGUUUUUGCGCCCCGCUCCCGCGGACACGAAGCAGCCGGAGUUCAGCUUUGAGCCUUUGAGUGUCGCGGAGGAGUUUUGAAGUUCCAAGGGCCCGAGGACAGAGGCAGCACGUCGGCUGAGAUGGUGGACAACAAACCGCUCCUCCAGGACAGACCUCCCGCCUACGUCGCCAGCCCGGCGGCUUUCAACUACGGCCAACAGCAGCACAGCUAUGGGGCCAUCCCGCAGCCGGCCCCGCCGCCGUAUCCCUACCCCGACGUCCAGGGAUACCCAUCGGCUCAGAUGGCCCCUGCCGUAUCCCAGCAGCCCUACACUGGGACAUACACCAUCAUCCAGCCCUCUGUAGUGGUGGUGGGAGGCUGCCCUGCCUGCAGAGUCGGUGUCCUGGAGGAUGACUUCACCUGCCUGGGGAUCAUGUGUGCCAUCUUCUUCUUCCCUCUGGGGAUCCUCUUCUGCUUCGCGCUGCGUCAGAGACGGUGUCCCAACUGUGGCACCACCUUCGGCUAAGAGGGACCAAACCGCAGCUCUCACACAUGCUUGUGCUCCCCCCGUGCACACACAUACCCAUACAGACACACACAUAUAUAUAUAUAUAUAUAUAUAUAUAUAAUCCAGCAUAUUUGUGUCUUCUUUUUGUUAUCCUUCUCAAUAUUGCACAUUGCUGUUGCCAUUAUGUCGUGUAGAAGAAAUCAUCGAGAUGUUGUCACAAACUUCAGAGUGAGUUUUUUUUUAAUCAAAGGUUUUUGUAGAAAUCAGUUUUCACCUGCUAGUUGAGGAUGUGCUCUAGCGUAUGGGAGCGUCCAGCUGUCGUCAGUGCCUUCACUACAUGCAGAGUGAGCAUCACAGAUUCCAUCAGUCAUGACUUCUUCUGUAGAUUUAGCUCAGUGAUCCAAGGAUCUGAGCAGAUUCCUUCGUGUUUUUGACAAGUCAGAAUUAACGAGGCUAAUGUCGUCUCUUUUUUUUUUUAAGGUUUAUUUCUUCGCUCUCUUUUUUUAAUUCGCUGGCACGCUGCGUAUAUAUCUUGUUUUGUUAACAUUGGGCUUAGUAACUUAGUAACAGCACCCAUGUUGAUCACCGAUGUAUUAGCUUUUUUCAGGAAAUGCUAAUCUUUUUCAUUUGGAAAUGUUUCCUCUCUUCUUUGUUUUUUUGGCGGAUUGCUGAUUGUGACCUGGAGUAACACAAACAACAUGUGGGGGGAAAAAAAGGAAAAGUUGUGUAAAGAUCCCUGAGCGUGAACUGUCCCGUCUGAAUCAAUGGACCCGUGUCGGAGUGAAAGGCCGCAGCAUUCUGUCUCUUUUUGUUGAUAUGAUAUUUCUUUGGGGCCAUAUUUGCACUGACCGUUUUUUGUUUGAUGAUUAUUCUGCUGGGUUGUGCGUUUUCCAGGGCCAAUGCAGAACUCAGGUACACACAAUCUGAAACGCCCUCGACUUUACAACCUCAAUCACUGUUUGACUUCGGACUUCCACCCAGUUUAAGAGAAACUCUCGUAUCGACACGUGAGCGGCGUUUCUCUUCAAGGAAGCAUGCUGUCUCUCAAUAAUGUGCAUAAUCUCUGGACGUCUAUCUUAGUACUCUCCUCCGUGACAAGUCACCCUGCCCCGUUCUUCCCAGCCAGACAAUCAAGAAUGUCUCCGUGUGUCCCUGUAUCUGCAGCAUCUCCCGCGUCCACGUCUUCCAUCACAGCAGGAUGUUCUGUACCUGUCCACGGCAGAAGAGAGGAGAUAUAUCUGGGCGGGAGGGAUUUAAAAAAAUAAAUAAAAAUCUUGCUUUAGAAACCACACUACGCACGCUCUUAUGAUUAGGGUUCUUACUUUUUAUAUAUCAGUUACUGUAAUUAAAAAAUGAAUGCUA